UCUGAAAUUUCCCAAACGGCUAAAAUAUUUAAGAACCUGCUCAUACUGGAGGAGUCGCUGCGGCAGCAGAACGUGGAGCAGAAGCUUUUGCGACGGAAGUACUUUUCUUUCUUCAUCAGCAUGAUCGUGGUGCUGUUUUUGAGCGGCUACCGACUGCUCUCGACGGUCGACUCCAGCUACAUCCGGUUUGCUACCCAAAUCGUGUUCAUCAUCGAUGUUGUGACGCUGCUGCUCUUCUAUCUUAGCGGAGAGUACCAUCGGACGAUUGUGCGACCACGCAAGUUUGUGGUGAUCACAAACAAGGGCCUGCGACAGCUCAACAUCAGACUGGUGAAGGUGCGCGUCGGGAUGUACGACGCUCUGCUGGUGGUGCUCAAGUCGUGCUUUCUGAUACCGAUUCGCGCGCUGAAAAUGCAGACCGUGUACCUCUCGAAAGUCGUGCGAGUGAGCUCGGUCGCAAAGUUCCGCAACUGGCUUGUGGAGCUCGAGAUCAAGCUGGCGACCUCGAACGCCGGCGUCACCGAUGUGAAGGUUGUCUUGAAUCCGCGCGUUUUCAGCACCGACAUCCGCGAGCAGUGGGAAUUGUACAGAAACGAGUUCUGGAACAAGGAGACAAUGCGCCGCCGCAAG